AUGGACGCCUACAAGGACAAAUCCCAACCCGACUGCCAAGUCGAACACAAUGAGGCACCCACUCAUACAAAGGCCCACACCGACUUGGAUGUCCUCGCACAGGAUAUACCGUACGGACCAAGUGGCGUAAAGGGCAUCCUCUCUUCCGGACCAUACAUACUCUCUGCCGCGUUCCUGGCGUCUCUGGGCGGCUUCUCCUUUGGCUAUGACCAGGGCGUCAUGGGCAUUGUCAAUGUGCUCCCGCAGUUCCACGCCGUCAUCCCGCAAGCGGAGACGGCAUUCGGCAAGGGCUUCAUGACGGGCAUGCUCCUGCUCGGUGCCUUUGUCGGCUGCUGGUUCUACCCUUACAUCUCGGAUCGCUGGUCGAGAAAAAAAGCUCUCUUGUUGAGCUCCGUCAUUUUUGUUAUUGGUGGAGUCAUACAGACGGCUGCGUACGAUUACGCUACGCUCGUUGUCGGACGGACCAUUGGAGGAAUUGGGACGGGAACACUGGCUUUAGGUGCCCCCGUGUACAUCUCUGAAGUAUCCCCGCCCCAUCUCCGCGGAACUCUCCUAGUCUUGGAGUCCGUCUCGAUCGUUUCCGGCGUCACGAUUGCGUACUGGAUCGCCUACGCGUGCAAGAACAUUCCCAGCGACGCCUCGUGGCGCGUGCCCUUUGCCCUGCAGAUCAUUUCGGCCCUCAUCCUGGGCGGCAUGAUUCAGCUGUUCCCUUACUCGCCCCGCUGGCUCGCCAUGCAGGACCGACACGAGGAAUGCUUGCAGAGUCUGUGUCAACUGCGGAAACUCCCGGAUACCGACGACCGCGUCCAGGCAGAGUACCGGGGUAUCCUUGCCGAAGUCAAGUUCCAGGUCGUCAUGUUGGAGCGUCGCCAUCCCGGUGUGCGCGGGCUCAAGUUGGAGAUUGUGCAGUGGCUCGACUUGUUUGCGAUCAAGCGGUGGAGGCGCACUGCUGUCGGCGUGGGUGUCUGCUUCUUUCAACAAUUCCAAGGUAUCAAUGCAUUCAUCUACUACGCUCCAACGCUCUUUAGAAGCAUUGGUCAAUCCGAUGACAUGUCGCUCAUUCUUUCCGGAAUCUUCAAUGCGCUGCAAAUAGUCGGUGUGUGCAUUGCCUUUGUGCUGAUUGACAAGAUCGGCCGGAGACCGCUCGCGAUCGGGGGCGGCCUCGGCAACAUGACUUGCUUUGUGGUGAUUGCGGCGCUCGUCGGCACGUACGAAGGCAUCUGGGCUGACCACACCAGCGCCGGUUGGGCGUGCGUCGUCAUGGCCUUUUUGUUCAUCAUUGUCUUUGGCGCUUCCUACUCCUCCCUCGGCUGGGCUCUCCCACCCGAGGUGUUCCCGGUCGGCAUUCGCUCCAAGGGUGUUGCGUUUGCCGUUGCCAUUAAUUGGAUUUCAAACUUUACAGUCGGGGUGGUGACUCCGCCCAUGAUUGAAAGUAUCGGAUACGGUACCUACAUCUUCUUUGCCUGUUUCUGCGGGUUGGCUGCAAUUUGGGCUUACCUGCUUGUCCCAGAGACUAUGAACAAGACCCUUGAACAAAUGGAUGAAGCAUUUGGAGAUCUUAGUGGCCACGAAGAACAAGAGGUCAUGAGAGAGAUUAUGGAGGAUAAUAAUAUUAUCGGUGUGCAAAGAACUGUGUAG